CUUCUGAGAGGAAAAGAUGAGAAUAAAAUCUCUGAGAUACCUGUUCGACCUGAAGUGCGGAGUUAAACCGAUACAACUGCAAUUCUAUUCUGUAUGAGGUCAAGAUGUCCAUUAUACCUUUUACCAGCAUAAUCGCCUGGAUUGUUCUUACUGUGUUUCAUAUUAUUCAGGACACCAGUUCAGCAGCUGAAAACAUUUCAAAGCAACAGAGAUUCCUACACAAAACAGUGCACCAAAAUACCCAGCUGGCCUGUGACUUUCCAGCUCACAGAGAAACCAUUACAAAGUUAAAUAUCUACUUGUUGAAAGGAAUCAGAAAAGUACAACUUUUUGAAGCAAAUUGGAACAAUUCCACAAUUUUAAUCAAGAAAAACAGUUCUGAAUUAAGCCUGGACAUAAAUAUUACAAAAGAAGAAAAACACGCUGUGUUUCACCUGAGGAACUUGCAGGUCAACCACACAGACAGUUACAUGUGCAAGAUUGAGGUGAUUGACCCGCCACCAUAUGAAACCGAAAGCAGGAGCAAUUUAAUUUACGUGAAAGAGCUUCCUCCGCACCAAGAAAAGCUUAAUUAUGUGAACAUGCCAAUGGCUAUUCCACUUGGAAUUUCUCUUUUCUACAGUCUGGUAAUCACAGCAGCCAUUUUGUACUGUUGGAUGAAAAGCAAGAAGAAUAGGGCCCUUCAGAAUGACUAUUUCAACAUGACACCCUGGCAAUCAAAUGGACCCAGGAAAAGGCCCCCUCAGCAUGGUGUUCCAACACGGAACUAUACUGCAUACCGUUAUUGGGAACCCUGAUGAAUAAUGUCUUCUCUACAAUAGAAAUAAGAACAGCUUAGCCAUAGCAGAAUGAGACUGAGUUAUAUCAUGUUGUUCAUAGAUCUACAAAGGACAAAAGCCCUCUGUAAGUUAUGUUUCAAGCUGGAUAGGCAAGAGGAUAUUAGCAAUAGUAGACUUAGAAACAGCGGGAUGUUAGAUCCCCCCUCCCCCAGUUUUAAGCAAAUGAUGAUUCCAACUGCUCUUGUGAACUUUCUACUUUGGCCUUAACAGAAGGUUUAGAAGGAUUAUAUCCAAAUUCUGGCAAAGAGUGAAAGUAAAAAUCAAAGAGUGAAUGAAAAAAAAGUUCAUAUCAAAGAGAAAAUGCUGAAUGUAGGGAUUAAACAUAUGCUUAAGAAAUAAGAAGCACCCAGCUUGAUGGGACUGGGGCAGUAAAGAACAUUUUUCUGUUAUAAAAUGAAUGGAUUAGCUGGAAAGGUUUGCAAUACUCUGCAGAACAGUCCCAAUGUACAGAUGACACUUUCUGCUAAAACAAUUAACCUGAAAAUCAUGUCUGGAAGACUUGAAGGAAUAGUGGAAAAUACUGCCAAUAUUUGCAGUGAUAUACAGUUAUGCACUGAUGCAUCAACAAGAUACUGACAAAGAAUUGGACAAACAAUAAUGAAGGGAAAGCCUAAGUAAUAUAUUACUUAUCCAAAUAGUUCUAGUUCCCAUUGUAAGAAGGGAGUACUUUUCUUUCUUGAUAUCAGAUACGAAUUGAAUACCAAAAUUCUGGUAUGCACAGGGUUCUAUGAUUAUAGCUAAGAUUAAAAGUGUUAUUGCUUUGUUGGAUUCCAUUUCCUAUGUUAAUUAAAUGGGCUCAACAUAGGUUCAAACCCAUACUCAAUGCCUGGAUAGCUUUAUGUGAGUUUCAGCCCAACCUAUCUUACAAAGUUGUUGUAGGAAAGGUGUGAAAAACAUGUGUCUAGAAGUCACACUUUUUGCUUCCUCUGAGGCUGAGGAGAUGGGGUCAUCACCAGCAACCAUAUUUUGGUCAUUCAAGCAGAAAUGGCACAUGGUAAACAUUUAAUAUAUUACAGACCUAUGGAUGUGUAAAUCCUCCUUUCUGUUAUAAGCCAGCAAUAAAAUACAUAACAUGACUUA